ACGGACUUGGGCGCGAGGCUGCGGGAGUUGGGAGCAGCAGAGUCUCCGAGAACAGCAGCAGCAAUUGAAAGCUACUUAGCAGCAAAAGCAAGAAGCGAUGCUGCUGCUGCUUCUCCCGCCAAGCUGCUGCUCACCCUCGCCCUUGCUGCUGACCUCCGCGCAGUCCUCGCCCGCCAACUUGCUGCAGCAGGACUCUUCCACGACGAAGACGCAGCACGCACGCAAAACAAGCGCAUGGCGGAGCUGCAGCUGGAAGACGCAGCAUUUGUGCUGCUGAGCCGAUUGGCCAAUUUGCUGCAGGACAAUUUCUCGGACUUCAGAUGGACUGAUGCAAUUGAAGCUGUGUGCUUGGGCAUUCGCAACAUAGAGAUCUCUGGGGUGCGGCAGGAGGAGUGCCGGGCCCUCCAGCGGGAGCUGCAGCACCACGGGCAGGCGCAGCUGGAAGAGGAGGAGAACUUGCUGCUGCUGAAAGCAACAGCAGAACGCUGCAUGCGUUUGUGUCAGGAGAUUUCGGAUUUGCUGCUUGCGGUGUACGUACACCGCGUGGAACAGCUGGGAUCGCUUUUGAAACUCGAUCCCCAGAAGUGUGGGGUGUACGCGGAGGCGCGGGUGCGCAGCAACGUGGUGUUUCAGCUGUCGAAGCUGCUGCAGCUGCUGCUGCGCAGCGUGCGGCAGCAGCUGCAGCAGCAGCAGCAGCAGCCGCAGCAGCCCUUCGACGUCCUCGUCCCUGGCCAAGUCGUCGGCAAAGUGCUGCUCGCAGACACCCUCGAAGCUGCUGCUGCUGCGCUCCUCAAACAGCCCAGCAGCAGCAGCAGCAGCAGCAGCAGCAGCAAUGGCUGCAACAGCAGCAGCGACAACGACACCCGCAGCAACAGCAACGACAGCAGCAGCGCCACCAACACCACCAACACCACCAACACCAGCAGCAGCAGCAGCAGCAACAGCAGCAGCAGCAGCAGCAGCAGCUACGAACCUUUGAUAAUCUGUGCCAAGGAAGCUUCUGGAGAUGAAGAAAUUGCCGGAAUUGACAAAAACCCAAAAUGCGCUGUCGCCGUUUUUGUGGGCCACGAUUUGCCCAUUUUGAGUCAUUUGGGAGUGCGCGCGCGGCAGCAGCGGCUGCCGUUUAUUGCCUGCCGCGAGCGCGCAGCUUUUGCUGCUGUUGCUGCUCUGGAAGGAAAACAUUUGCUGCUGGAUGCUGCAGCAGAAAGUGUCUCUUUUAGGGUUUUGGAGCAGCAGCAGGAACUCCAGCUGCUGCUGCAGCAGCAGUGGAAAAGCCACUGCGCUCUCAACGAGCCCGACGACCCCACUCGCAAACUCCCCAGAAGCUGCUCCUUGGCGCUGCAGCAAACGCUGCUGUACCCCAGCAGCAGCCCAAACCCUCCGCAGCUGCUGCAGGGCCAAAACAUUUCUGCUGCUGCUUGUGGGGCGAAAGCAGCAACUUGUGCUCAGCUAGAAGCAGCAGCAGCAGCUGCUGCUGCAGCAGCAGCAGCAGAUGGCCAGCACAUCCAGCAAGAACCGCCCUUCAAAGCGCCCAGGUGCUUGUGUUUGCCGUUUGGCUCGAUGGAGUGGGUGAUCGAAGCAGAAGGCCGAAAGGAAGAAUUCGAGCAGCUGCUGCAGCGCCUCGACGAGCUGCCUCUAGACGCAGAGGCGGUGACCCCCGUGUGUCAGCAGCUGCAGCAGCUGCUGCUGCAGCUGCCGCUGCCCGAAAGCUUCCGCCUGGAGGCCCUCAACUUCUUCGGGCCCAAAGCGCGCCUCUGCCUCAGGUCCUCAGCAAACGUCGAAGACUUGCAAGGGGCCUCAGCAGCAGGGCUGUACGAGUCCGUGGCGAAUGUGCCGGUGGGGGACUUGGGGGCGUUUUGCUCGGGUGUACAGACAGUGUGGGCUUCGCUGUACUGCCGCCGCGCAGUGUUGGCGCGCAAGGUUUCCGGGCUUUCCCAGGGAGAAGCAAGGAUGGCGGUGCUGAUGCAGGAGCUGCUGGUGCCGGAAAUGAGUUUCAUUUUGCACACAGGAGGCAUAGAGCAGCAGAACUGCCGCAGCCUGAACCUGCAAGACUCCAGCAGCAGCAGCAGCAGCAGCAGCAGCAGCAGGAAGGGACAGCAGAAGCGGGCGAAGGCCCAGGUGUACGCGGAGCUGGCGCCGGGGCUGGGCGAGGUGCUGGCUGGGGGCCGCACGCGGGGCACUGGCUACCGGAUGUUGGUGGACCGGGAAACGGUAAGAGACUCUGGAGGCCCUUCAAACGUGCCCUUGACGCAGCAAAUUACUUACGACCAAACUGGAGACACUUUUGCUGCUUCUGCUGCAGCACGAGCAGCAGCAGCAAAACAAAUUGCGCGGCUUGCUGCUGCACUCGAGGGCCCCCAGGAUGUGGAGGGCGUCUUUACAAAGAACGGGCUUUACGUCGUGCAGGCCAGGCCCCAGCCAUGA